AUGCCGCGAGUCACCUGCUCUGUCCGCGGGAUGAGAGCUGUGUUUGGUCCUCAAGUGAAAAACAAUGUACACGCUAGAGACGUCACAGGGGCUUCAGUUCCAGUGCUUCCAUCCGGGAAGUCCUGUGGAGUGCGAUUGGGUAGACUGAAGAACCAGAGCCUCUCGUUUUUCAGCAGAUAUGACAGCUGCUUUGUUCAUUUUGAGGGCAGCAAAGCGGUCAUCCCGCUGCAAAUCCAGCUGGGAGGAGAGGAUCGAUGGAUCAGGGUAAAUAUCAGCUGUCCCCUGAUAAAGAGAAGAAGUGAGAGGAACCACCCUCGCCCAACACCAUUCCCUGGGAAUUGUGACGUUGAAAGAGCUCUCCGAGUGGACUGCGGCCACCAAAGCAUCGACAGUGAUGCCUGCUACAAACUUGGAUGCUGCUAUGAUGCUCAUGAUUCAACCUGCUACUACACACUCAAUGCCUGCUCCCUGGAUGGACACUUUGUGUUCUCAGUGAAAUCUACAGACAGUGACCCACCUAUUGAUCCCAGCAGCCUCAUUGUAAAGGAUCAGCCUCACUGUUACCCUGUAGUCACAACUCCCGAUACCGCUGUCUUCAAGAUAGGAGUCUCAGACUGCGGUGCAAAGAUGAAGGUGACUGGAGAUAUGGUGAUUUAUGAGCUGGAAGUGGUGGAGCUGCAUGAUAGAAGUGAUGCCAAACAGUUCCCAUUUAGUCUUCAGGUCCAGUGUGAAUAUGAUACAUCUGAUCUGAAGCAUGCAGCAGAAAUGCGGUCCUUGUAUGCGGUGACCAAUCCACCACCUGUGGUUGCGCUGGGGUCCAUCAGAGUGCAGAUGAGAAUAGCCACAGAUGCAUCUUUUACAUCCUUUAUUCCUGAAGACCAGCUUCCACUGAUCUUGCCCCUUCGUGAAGCAGUGAAUGUGGAGAUUUCCAUUGUGCAGCCGUCCCCAGAUCCUACACUUACCCUGCGAGUGCGAGACUGCUUUGCCUAUCCUGGCUCUAGAUACUCUGUGUGGACACUCCUCUAUGAUGGAUGUCCAAACCCUCAGGAUAAUAUGAGAAGCUCUGUCCCAGUGGACAAACAGGGAAAGACCACAUCUCACUCACAAGUCAGGAGGUUUGAUGUAAAGACCUUUGCCUUCUUGGACCCCAGUACAGGCCAUCCAAGUGCAGAGGAAAUAUACUUUUAUUGUUGGGUGGAAAUCUGCAUGAAUGACAUUGAUUGUGCACAGCGCUGUACCUUCAUUUCACCUGAGGGGGAGAGACAGAGAAGAGAGGCCGCACCUCAGCCCCACCAGCUUCAGCUGGUCUCUUUAGGGCCUUUGCAGCUUGUCCAGAAUAACACUGAACCAGAGGAGGAUCCCUGUGUGAAACAUAAAAAAAUGUUUCAGGUGACAGUACAUAUUCUCUCUGGUGUUUGUGUUGCCCUGCUGCUGGUCCUGCUGUGGACUGUGUGUUCAAGCAUCAGAAGGUGUCAGAACAGAGGUGUGCAGCGAGCAUGUGAUCAACAAGUUGACAGUGAAGAAUCUCAAUAA